CUGGGACGCUUGGUUAACUAUUUCAUUACAAAAACGAAUGUGUUCUCUGUCGCUGUAAAAAAUAACUUGCAAAAAGGGAAUAUAUAUAAGUGAUAAAAUAGAUAGAGGAUUAUAUGAAAACGAGGGAAUUAAUUAAAUGGAUUAUCUGAUUUGACAAUUUAAACCGGCGUUUUGUUUACCGAAAUUAAACUACCUGAUAAAGUGUAAAAAUUGGAUUUACAAGGUUUUUGAUAAGCAAAUGCAAUUUACAAGGCAGGUUUAAAAUAAAAUACUGAAAUCUACCUAGCGUAAAAAUACCUUUCGUGUGAAAACCUUACACCCGAUAUUUCUGCAAAGAUUCGAAUUGGAUUUUCCUUAUUUUCCGUGCGGAGUCGUAUAUUUGUGGUUUUCUGUCGCUGAAACGCUAAUAUUUAAGGAGCGAAAGGAACACAUUCCUGCGGAUACUGUGAUGAAAGCACCUAAGAUGCAAGAUAUUUCAAAAGUCUGCUAUAUUUUGAUAUAUCAGUAGAAAUUUAUAGGCAGUCAUGGUGUUGUCUGAUCAGAGAUGGUAUAACACGUGUUGUCUUUCAGUGAAAUUUGAUAUUGUCUUUGUAAGUAGAUAUUUAGCAGGAAAAAAAUAAUUUUCGUUUCAAACAUUGUCUAGGGUUAAAGUUUAUCAAUUGAAAACAAUAUGUAAUUUUCGAAAUUUUGACAGAUUGACUGCUCAAAAGAAAAGAAAGCUUGCAUGCGUUUUCGUCCAAAGAAUUUUCAUAAAUAUAUCAGAAAAUCAUAUUUGAGAAAAUUAUUUAUGCGUAUAUUGACUGAUGUAAAUUUCAGUAUAAUUUAAAGCUGUGCAGUUUUGGGGAGUUGUAUGUUUAUUUUAAGUGCAUCUUUGAUAUGUGAUCGCAAAAGAGCAGACUUGACAUAUUUAGAUAAGACUUUAAAAGGAGAAACUUAACAAAAUUAUCGUUUUAUAUUAACUGAAGUGAUUUUUAUUGGAUUUUAAGCGUGGGCUACCUCUCGACCUCACCUUGUUGUGAACAGGGAGAGCGAGAGACCGUUGAUUCUCUAUACGGGCGGGAAUUACAAGUGUGCAGUAUAUUGGACAUUUUUUAUAAUGGCCAAUAGCACACAUCCCUUAGCUCUCGAUGCAGUAUGAAGAAGAGUGAGCCUAGAAGACUUACCAUAUGCAGGUUGUUGACGCUGCUGCUAAUUGUGCUGGUAGGAGUGGGAAGCGCUGCUAAUCAGGUCAAUGGUGCAAGCCUUGGAGUUAAUCCUCUAAAAGACGUUAAGGUGAACUUAUUUGAUCAGUUCUUCAAUCAAAACGUUGGUGAAACUAUUGAAGGGACUGGAACUCAUUUUAGAAAACAUUUGUUAUACAACUUAUGUAGUGAAAGAAUAGUUAAGAUAGUUAAAAAGGGACGCAAAGGAAUUAACGCUAGAGGGAAGUGGAAGGGCAAAAACAUGGAUUUCAGUAAACUUAUAUUUGAAUCCACACCCAGUGGGACCAUAAAAAUUUACGGGGAACAUACGGCAUUACAUUUGUGCUUCAACAGACGAGGGAAACUAAGAGCAAAGACGAACGGCAAGUCAAAGCUAUGUCAGUUCAAAGAGGAGUAUUCCGACGACAAGUUUUACACACAUUACAAAACAGCGGAUACAACCAAAGACUGGUAUUUAGGCUUUAAGAAAAAUGGCAAACCGCUAAAGGGUACAGAUAUAAACAGAUUUAAUGUAAGAAAUGAAGACUGUUUCAAAUUUCAAAAGUUGCAUCAAAAUCGGACUUCUGAAACACAAGUUUGCCCUCCGGGCCAGGGAAAUGGACCUAAGGGUGUCAAUUUCUGUGAUAACAAUUUUUUGAACUUGGUUAAACCAAAAAGGAACAGAGUUCGUCAUGACAAUAAACACCACAAACGCCGGGGGAAAGGAUGAACGUCUAGUGCAUUAUUUAGUGGAAAUUUAUUGAAUUAUUGGUGAUAUAAGCACCAAAUGCCCAAGUAUUUGUGAACGAGUUGAUGACGUCAACGAGCUCGUGGCGUUUAUUCGAAGUCACGUGAUCAAAUUUUAUCACCGCAGUGUUCAACAAAGACAAUACGUCAGUUCUUGGUCAGUAAUAUGUAACUAGUGACUAUUAAAACAGUGUGAUACAUGUUUGGAAUCGGGUUCACGUGAAAAUACACACUCAUUUACGAGAUACAGUAUUUCGAUUAAACGGAAUUCCUUAAUACCAUGGAUAAACCAGGGACCUGGUCAGAGGUCAGUGUAAAAAAAGAUUGUGCUGAAGUGGUGCUGAACAUGUUGUGUUACUAGGAGCAUUUCGAAGAGUUGAUAGUCGAUAUUAUGUGUAAUAUUUGUGUAUAAUUUAAUAUGAAUGUAUUAUAAAACAUCCACCAUUUAUAUUGUAUACUAUGAGACAUAUAUGUACAUGUCUACAAAUAAUGAAUUGUUACUAGGCCAGUAGCUUUUUCCAGACAGUCAUACUUUUGUUAAGUUUUGUUUGAACGAAACAGUUAAACAGCUAACAUGAUGGUCAUAUGAGCCGUGCCAUGAGAAAACCAACGUAGUGGGUUUGCGACCAGCAUGGAUCCAGACCAGCCUGCGCAUCCGCGCAGUCUGGUCAGGAUCCAUGCUGUUCGCUUUCAAAGUCCAUUGGAAUUAGAGAAACUAAUAGCGAACAGCAUGGAUCCUGACCAGACUGCGCGGAUGCGCAGGCUGGUCUGGAUCCAUGCUGGUCGCAAACCCACUUUGUUGGUUUUCUCAUGGCGCGGCUCAUAUUAUAAAAAAAUCGAUAAAUUAUUACGUGACUACUUCUAUAAAUCACCGGUCCAUAGCUUGUGAUAUAUGACCGAUUUAAAGUUCAAAACCGUAUUUUGUCGGGCUAAAGUCAAAACUGAAAAAAAAUAUAACUAAUUGAAAUUCAUUGCUGAUAUCGUAUAAUAAAAGACUUACUGACUGACUGACUUGCCAUUCAAUGGUCAAAAUUAUUGACAGUCAAACAUCCAAUAAGUGUAUACUACCUCUUUUAUUAAAAGACAACUCGUCUAAAAAUAUUUUCUGAACGGAAGUGGGAUUAAAUAUAUGCUAGUAAAUCAAUAACGUGAUUUAAUAGCAACAUUUUGAUUUUUCUCAACGUUUGUUCGGUGUUUUUUUUUGGUGCGUGUUUAAUCUGUAAGAAAAAGGUCAAGUGUUUUCUUUGGUAAAUGUAAUUUCGUUAGAUAUCUUUAAUCUUUAGUUUUUUCUCUUCAAUAUAUUUCCUAGCCCAUAUAUAAAGCAGCCACUUGCUUACAGUAACCAGUGAGCUAACUUUCUAAAUCGACUUUAAACUCGUCUUAAUAAGCUAUCUGCCUUCAGCAGCCAGAUUGUGUCUUGUUAUUGACUGGCUUCUUAUUACAGGGUUGACCAUACUCCAGUUUUUUUUUAAUUUUCAAGAGUAAAUCCAGAGUUUUACUGCUUAAAUGUUUCCUUUUUUUUUGAAGCCUUAAUUAAAUAUUAAUAUUAGAUAUAAAUCAUUGUCUAUAAAAGGAAGCACUAUUAGCCAGCAGUAAAUCUGUUACUAAGUAACGUCAUGAUGACAACUUUCUUAAUACGCAUGUAAUCAUAUCCAAUGUUUGUUAGAGUUGAAACUAAAGUAAAUUUUGAAAGUUAGGGGUAUAUAAGUAUAUUUGUUUGAAAAAAAGUCUUCAUUUUCAACUUUACUUUCUAGGUUAUAUGCGCUGUUUAAAGUUAGCAACACGAAAAACUUCUUUGAUAAAAUUUUGAAAUAUUUUGUUAAAAUAAUUAUCAUUAUUGUUAUAAUUUACCCCUCAUACACGUAUGACUUAAUUCAUUUUUCUCGAACUAUUUUGCGUUAUAGUUUUUCUUUUUAUACGAGUUACAUUAUAAGUCUAGAGAAAAACGGACGUGCCGUUACGUAAAUUACAUACUGGUAUAUACGUAGCACAAGAUUUAAUCGGUCACCUGGAUUUAUUCAUAUGUCGUCAACAUGAGUUUGUAAAUUUCAAAUUUUAAUCUCCAGUGUAAUAACGAAAUUAAUUUUGAUUAAAGUUUACUGAAAAUUCCGCUUAGACUGAUACAGAAAUAAAUAUAAUAUAUAAAUAACAUAAUUUUGACAUGCAUCAUCCGCAAAGAAGUAGUUGUAUUUUACUAGUAUUUUAUUCAUACCAGCUGACACAACAGUUCCUACUGCGCGCUCUUGAACAGAUUUCCUCGCUAUUUUUAUGCUUUUCAGAGCUGACCAUCAUUACUGAUUGGAAUUAAUUGUGUGAAUACACUACUUAAUCCGAGCGACGCGAGCUAAAUCAAACAUACAUUGACGGCAAAAGUCAAUAGAAACUAUGCGUUCUACUAAAGUCCGUUUCAAAAAGUCACAUUUUACAGGGUGACCGAUUAGAACUUUGGCUAGUUGUAUUUCCUAGGCACUACACAGAUUCUCGAAUAGGGUACUUCUAUGGAUCCCAGCUUCCCAACACAUCAAGUGACUUUUAAUCUGUACAAUGGCAUAGCUUUAACAAUUUUAACGUUGCUGCUUAUAUGUUAUAAAACAGUUUCCAUUUGUUUGUUAACAUGAAACAGAACUUGAUCCAUGCCUUUGUUUCCAGAAAUCUACUGCACCGAGUGAAAAUCUAAAAGAAUUGUUACCAGUUACAAGGAAGUUUUAUACAUUACAGACAUGGGGAUGAAUGUUGUUCAGUCGUAUACUAUAGCUUACCAUGUAAACGUUGUUGUGUGGUGAAACUAGUGAAUAUCGUGCAUUUGUCUUUAUCAUAUUGCUGAAUUUCAUCUGCGAUUGUAACGUACUACUUUACAGUGUAACGUAUGUAACAUAACUCUUCAAUGUAUGCGAAAACAGUACGACUAGGAGUUACAUUUAUAGUGUGGCUGUCACGUACCAAAAAUUUUCCAUCUAUAACUUUAGUCUUUAGAAAUUGCAAUGCAAUUACUAUGAAUUAGAAACUGUGUAGAAAUAACAGUAACUUUUUUUUCUAUGAAUAUCUAUGAAAACAUGACUAGAAAUUGCAGUUAUAAUUUAUUUAGGGAUAACAUAUCUGAUAUAACAAUAACACCAUGACUUGAAAUCACGAUUACAGCAUGACAAGGGAUUACAAAAUGUGUCAGUUAUUUUUGCAAAUAAAACAUGACCUGAAAUUACAAUUAUAAAAGAUAAAGCAAUUACAAUAACAGCAUGGCUAGAAAUUACAAGUACAACAUGACAAGGAUAUCAGUCGUGAUUUCAUGACAAAAGUUUCGUUUAUGGUCAAUGAUUAUAAAAAUCAUUUUUUUUCGAAUCUCAGCUCAUAUCAUCUUUUCAUUAUGUAACUUUAGUUUCGCUUAUUAUUCAUACCUCAGUCCUUAUCAUUACUGAGGUGUACUAGUAUAUUUUCUUAUUUAAGAUUUGAAUCUUUUUGAUACUUGAAUCUAUAUGAUAAUUUUAAGGCGAAAAGAUGAGGGCGAACGGCAAACAUGAUUUUUGGAAGCAAUGAAAUUUGACUGCGGUCUACAGUCCAAAAGCCCUGACUUGAAGACCAUACACUAUUCAAGCGUAAUGAACGUGCUAUUUAUAUUCUUUUUAGCGAUAUCGGUAAACUUCUACAUUAUAGAUGUAUGUUAUGUGAUUAGAUACAUUGUCAAACGCGUGUGUGGUUUAUUUGUUACGUAAGUUACAGGCAUGGUAAUAACACGAUUUAUACAUGUAUGUUUUAACUCUUACCCUGCUAAAUUUUUAUAAUGAACUUCUAUCAAUUUGGACAGUGCCAUUACCUGUUAAAAGGGGUGCCUACCAAAAAGAUACUGACUGAAUGACGAACAGUGCAGAUCUUGACCAGACUGCACGGAUGUGCAGGCUGAUCAUGAUCUACACUGGUCGCAAAGGCAGAAAUCAAUCGUGUCCAGCAUGAUAGGAAUUAAAACUGUAAAAAAAAUGAGACUUUAACCGUAUUAAAACAUCCUUGAGUUGACCUUGUACUUUCUCUUUUUUUAUCAUAUUAAUGUUACUAUCAUUGUAUCAUUACAUAUCAAAACCAUAUCCAUCGAGGGAUGUCAUGUAGUUUUAAAUAUUGUUUAAAACACAUCUCCAUACAGUGUUGAUCAAGUAGUUUCUAUUCAAACCAUUUUACAUUACUUUGAUAUUUCUAACUUUAAACUUUUAUCUUAACGGUUACACUUGAAAAGUUCUUAAAUAAAUUCACUCAUAUCACCAUGCAUAUCAAAUGCAUUUAAAUUAUAACCAGCGAACGAGUACCUCCUGAUAUUUUUGUGUGAUAUUUAUGUAGUUUUGAAUUAUCUUUCAUAAAAUCGCUUUAUUAAUAUUAAAUUACACAUAUAUUAAUAGACAACAAAUUAUUUUGGUACUUAGAAGGAGCACGCCUGCAGUCAUUUUGUGUUGAUAGCAUGACUUGACUUAAUCUUAUAAUUAGAUCGUUUUUGGCUAUUUUUUUUUCUCCAUUUGUGCACAUACAUGUAUUUGAUGACGUCAAACGAAUUUCAUGAAUAGUACAUGCAUUUCUCUAUUAAUGCUCUGUUGCUAUUGAUUUUAGAUUAAUUUUGUACUUUAUAAAACAACAAGAAAUCCUUGUAAGAAACAUUACUAAAGUAGUUUAUGAAGGAAUUGAUCCAAACAUUAUACUUAACACACUGUUACGGAAAUUACAGAUAUUUACGUUGUUAUUUCAACUUUUCUGACUGUUACGGACAUUACACAAAUCUAUACUGUAACACAGAUGAGAAGCUAUAUAUGUAAGUUAUAUUUAAAUCAUAUGACAUUGUUAUUGUUGACAUUGGUUGUUUUUACGUUUUUGUUUUAUCUAUUCAACGCAUUGCAAUAUCAUUACAAUUCCAUUUUUAACUGUACAUAGAUCCGCAUACAAUGUUACAUAGUCUAAGUCGAUGGGUUCAAGCGAAAAUAUUCUAUCAGCCUCUUCAUUUACGUGCAAAUAAAAUUUUUUCGCUUAAAUCCUUCAAAGGUAUAUGCAUAUUGUAUUGUAUUGUACAGUGUCAUCGUGUAUGCCAAAGAUAAUAUUUAUUGAAUCAAGAUGUAUAUAUUAAUUGUCCCCAAAGUGUACUUAUUUAAGCACGAAAAAGCGCACUGGUCGCCUAAAUGAAAUAAAUUGUUACUUUAAUAUUUAUAA